AUGUCUAUUCUGAGCCUAGAGCGUCCUAUAAGGAAAGUUGAUUAUUUUGUUUAUUGGAAAUAUACGCGCGAUGGAUUUUUUGCUACCAAAUCAGCCUACUUACAGGUUUUAUCUAACCAUUUUGCUUCCCCUGGUGCAUUGCUCUCUCCUACAUGGUGGAAACGUCUAUGGGGUUUGCCUAUUCUUCCUAAGUGGAAGAUGUUAGCCUGGAAGACCAUUCUUCAUAAUGCUUUACCUGCAAUGGACACGCUCUCGAGAAAAGGUAUUCAAGUGGAUUUGACUUGUGUUUUCUGUCAUACAUUUGAUAAAUCGGUAGCUCAUUUGUUUCAAGACUGCCCUUUUACUGGUCCUCUGGGUGUAAUGUGGAUUGGGGCGAUUUGGUUAACAAGGAACAAUGUUAGAUUUCGUUCGGCGGUUUACUCUCCACACUCUAUUUUGGACUUGGCUUCAGAUUGGUGCCGCAGAAGCCAGAGUGCUCGUAAUUUGAAAGUUUCUCCUAUGGAUAAACCGACAGGUUUUAAGUGUCCACAGUCCACUUAUGUGCUUUGUGGUGCUUUGACUGUCGGUUGUGACUAUACUAUGUUAUUUGAUGGGGCUUGGGAUAAGGAUUCUCAUAAGGCUGGUACUGGUUGGUGUUUUCAUUCGGCCUCUUCGCCUCAUUCUGUUGGUGGUGGUGCUAAAGCUUGUGUGGCUAGCUCGAAGCUUCAUUCGGAGUUACUUGCUUGCCUUUUUGGUCUUCAACAGGCUCGUUUGCGAGGGUUUACUCGAGUCCUUCUUACUGACUGCUUGAUUAUUCCCCGUCUUCUUUUGAGUCAAGAUCCAGAGAAUAUUUCGGUCAUAUGGAUUCUAUAG